CCAGCUGUGGAGAUAUAUUAUUGUAGACACACCUAUCACUUAUAAAGAUCCCUCGAGGAUAGUCCGUCCCACAUAACAACUUGCGCAGCCAGAAAGGACCGGACAUAAUCCAAUCUCUGGGCUAUAGAAAAGCAACAUGGAUGUGGAUUUAGCUGCAGCUGUUGAGGGGAGCGUGUCAGCUGAAGCUGGAGUAGAUGUGAAAAUAGACGGCGAUGAGAAGCAGAAAGGCCACGGAUGUGACCACGGAAAAAGCCAUGAGCAUAAACACGGAGAACAUGGUCGCGGGAAGGGACCCUGCAAAGGACCGAAGGAUGGUCAACAAGAACAUAAACACGGUGAACACGGACAUGGGAGAGGCCAUUGCAAGGGACAAAGGGGUGGUCCUGGGCGUGGUGGUGGUGAUUAAAGCAACAGACCAAUGAGUAAAGAGGAGGAAGGUUCCCAUAGACCAGACCAUCGACCGACAAGAGCUAGAAUAUCCAGGGGAAGUCACUGUUGAAUCUUCGGAAAUCGGUUCAAUUUAUCGUUUUAAUAAACCAUGUAGUAAAUGUCCCAGUAUAAACAAACCGAAUAUAUCUAAUAAAAAUGCUGUUUUUAACCUCUAA